CGGGUUCCAAUGAGAACGGACUUCGGGCUUCGAAUCACGAGUCGGUUGCCGAUUCGUAACGGCGGCUGCUGGCAGUCCGAUAUAAACUCUCAAACUGUACGGUUUGGUUUGGCAGCGCAGCUGAAAAGCGGAAAACUGAAGAGGAAAAGCGGCGAAGAGGGGAUCGAGGAAGGGCAGCGCGUCGUGUGUUUUCAUCCUCCUUCUGCAAUAAACAAUUGUUGUUCUACAAGUUUAAACAAUUAAAAUCUGUGGGCUAAGUGUAAUACUAAAAUCGAACAUUGAAGCAUUCCAAUUAAACUAACAAUCUAAGUGCAAUACAAAUAGUCCAGAUAAAAAUCGACGAGAAUAUUUACAGAAGCUGUGUUCAUAAAUCGAUUUGCUCGAAACAACGCAAAACAAACCAAUAAAAGCAAAUCGAAUUAACUGUUUAAUCAGCAAAACAAUUUAAUACACAUAAUAAAUAAGAAUAAACUUAAUAAGCAUUUAAAAUAACAAUACCAAUUUUGUGCAAUUUAAACAAUAAUAUUAUACAUAAUUUAAAUGCCUUUAAAAGGUUAACCGAUUUUUGCUAACUACUUUUGCGCUAAAUCAAAAAUAAAAACCUUACACUUUAUAAACUUCAAUUAGCUAAUUGUUAUGAAAUAAAAUUUAUAAAAUUAAAUAAAAGUAAAUAAAUAAAAUACAAAUUUUAAAAGCUGCAAGGUUUUUAAAAAAUAUUAAAUUGCUAAGUAAACAUUAAAUCAGCUUUAAAUGAAUUUUGCUGAGCUGGAUUACGUUUGUAACACUUGAAGCAGAAUUUUCACAUCUAUAGAUAAAGUAACGCAUAAUAAUUAAACUGAAAAAUGCUAAGAGUGGCCUAAAAACCGAAACGGGGCAGACAGAGUUUGAAAACGGAAUACCAUGGUGCGACUGAAUGUUGCAGAGCAACACAGCAGCAGCAACAACAACGGCAACAUUAGCAACAACAGCAUAAGCAACACCAACGGAACAAUAAUUAGCAACAAUAAUGCGGGUGGCAGUUGCUCCUCGACAACCUCAUCAACGACCAGUCUGAAUAGCAAUUCGGCCUCGCCCGCCUGCACCAUGGUGAUGUUGCCGGCACCGCAGCAACACUUGUUGGUGCAGCAACAGCAGCAGCAGCAGCAGCAGCCGCCGCAACCGCCGCAGCCCUUGCAGCAGUUGCAGCAGCAACAUGCCCCGCAGCAGUUGCAACAGCAGCAGCAGCAGCAGCAACACUCUCCCUCGGAUGGCGGCUCAUCGAAUUGCUCGCUGCCGGCAUCGCCGCCUUUGUUGCAACAAACCGCAACUCCGCCGCAGGGCGCCCAGAUUGUGCCGCCCGUGUGCGCGCUGCACCAUCCACAACAGCAGCUGGCCUUGAUGGCGGCCAUGCAGCAUCACCACCACCUGCCGCCGCCCCAUGCCCUGCACCAUGCCCCACUGCCGCCACCGCCCCCGAAUCUACCGCCGCCCCACGAAAACGGCCACGGUGGCGGUGGCGGUGGCGGAUCUGGUGUGGCAGGCGGCGGUGGCAUUUCGCCCAACGGCGGCGGUGGCUCCUCCGCCAGCAGCGUGAGCAGCCUGUCCAGCGGCAGUGGCGGUUCCGGUGGUCAGGUGAACGGUCUGAGUAACGGAACGAACGGCAUUGCACCAUUGCCGCCGGGCCAGCUGUACAUCCCGUAUACGGGCGAGUUCUAUCCGCCGGAAUACUACAUCGCACCGCAUCCGCACGAGGGCAUCUGUCCGCAGCAUCCGCACCACCCACACCCGCACCACCACCAGCCCAUGUGCGCCAUGUCCGCGGAAUACGGUCCCGCCGUACAGAUGGUGUCCCAGAACCGACCUCCUCCGCCGAUGCCGGUGCCCGUCCAGGUGCCCCAGUACGUCAACGAGAACGGAACGCUGACCCACGUGAUGCUCUCGCCGCAGCAGUACCAGCAGCUGCAUCCUGGCCAGGGACACCUCCACCCAGCUCCAUUCAUAAGCGCGAAUGGCACCUCGCAUUUCUACACUCCGGUGGCGGGCUAUCCUGGCCCAGGACCUGCGGGCAAUGGUCCACCGCACUAUCAUUUGCCGCCACCGCCGCCGCCGCAGCAGCAGCAGCCACCACAGCAACCACAGCAACCGGCGCCCCAAGGAGCACCACCGCAACAGCAACAACAGCAGCAACCACAGCAGCAGGUGGCACCACCGUCGGUCCAAGGAGCACCAAACGCUGGAGGUGUAGGCGCAGCCCAAGGAGCACCAGCCACUGUGACAACCACCCAUUCGCUCACCCAUUCGCACUCCCACACACACGCCCACUCGCACACACACCCCCAGCCGCACGCACAUUCCCCGCACUCGCCAUCGCCGCCAAAUUAUCGGGAUGAACGCAGCCAGCGGCAGCACAACAAGCUGCUCCGGAAGCUGGAGAAGCAGCGGGAGUCAAAUCCCCCGCAUUCGCCAUCUCCACGCCGUGCCAACGAACUGAAUGGUCACAAUAAUAACAACAUUCCUCCGGGUGUCUCCCUGCCCGUACACCUCAGCAGCCACCAUCAUGCAGUGAACCAUCAAGGACGCCGCCUGCCGCAGCAGCAUCAGGGGCAGACCCAUCAGGUGGCACAGCAGCAACAGUCGCAGACCAGGAACGGAAAUCCCCAGCAUCCCCAGAGAGCUGGCAGCAGUGUGGGUGGCGCCAGCUCUGUGGGAACCUCCGAGGACGGCGAGGAUAAUUCCAGUCUGGCCGGCGAUGAUGAGGAGGAGUACCAUCGAGAGAAUAGCAUCAUUGAGCAAAUCUCUGCUAUUGAAAAGCCUGAGGUAAUAGAUGUGACUUCGCGGACGGCCAAGAUAAUUUGGGAGAGUCCAGCCAUUGCGAAUACCGUGACGGUGGAUAUGCGCCAGCUCCGGUACCAAGUGCUCCUCUGUGAUUCUGGCAAGCAGUGCAAGUACAAGAGCUUGUACCAAGGCGAGGCCUACGAGUGCAUUGUGCAGGACCUGCAGCCGGGUCAGGAGUACCUGGUGCGCUUCCAGGUGCACUACCAAAAACUUACGGGAACAGUGAGUGAUCCCACGGAAUUUCGGACGCCGCCCUGUGAGCCAGAUCAACCGCCGCCUCCGAAACUGGUUUCCCGUACCAAGAACUCCAUAAACCUUCGAUGGGCUGCUCCAGCAGCAAACGGCGCCAGCAUUCAGCACUAUCUGCUGGAAUACGAUGAGGGCAGGAUGCCAGGACAACCGCAGAAGUUUGUGGAGUUGGCCAAGAUCAAGGCCAAGCACUAUGUCAUUGGAAAGCUGCAGCCGACUACGGUCUACAGUUUCCGUUUGGCGGCGGUUAAUGAAGCGGGUCAGAGUCCCUAUUCUCCGGUGGCCAGCUACAGCACCUCCGGAAAUCCUCCGCCAGUGCCUAAACCACCUCAGCUGCUGGCCAGCAGUUCCAGUUCCCUAAAACUGGGCUGGGAGCGGCGGGCCCAGGAUGGAGACUUCCUGCUGCAACUGCAAGAUGCAGAAUCGGGUCACGGUUUCCUGAAUACCUACAAGGGUACAGAGCUGCAAACGGAGUGCCUGCAACUGAGGCGGGCGAGCAGCUAUCAAUUCCGUCUGAGAUCCGAAAACGAAGCGGGUUUUUCACCCUGGUCACCGGAGGUCAGCUACCGCACCUUAGCGGAACGUCCCGGAAGGCCGGGCAAGCCCCAUGCCAAGGGAAAGAUUCAUGGCACCCAGUUUAAGGCCCGCUGGGAUGCACCCAGCGAUUCUGGUGGUGCUGAGAUCGUACGCUACCACUUAGAGUUAAGUGCCGCGGGUCCAGCAUUUGAAAGGAUCUACAGUGGCGCCGAAACAGAAGCCAUGUGCGAAAGACUGCAACCGGGCACCACAUACGCUCUGCGAGCCUGUUGCGAAGGGCCAGCUGGCCAGAGUCCCUACUCCGAUAUAGGACACGUCACCACGGAGGCUGUGCCGCCAUCUGCCCCGCCUCCGCCGCAUUGCAGUGAUCCUCCCUCGCCGUACGCCGCCCUUCUAAAGCUCGAGCAUCCGGAGUAUAACGGUGGAGCUCCCAUUUUAGAGUUCGAAGCCCAGAUGCGUCGCCUGGAGCAAGUGCAGCCUCCGCAGCUGGUUUACCGGGGCAAGCAGGCCUACUUUGUGGCACAGGAUCUGACACCCGGUGGCAUGUAUGAAACCCAGGUAAGGGCUAUCAACCGGAUUGGCGCCGGUAACUGGUCCCAGUGGAUGAGAUUUACGGCUGCAGCUGCUGCGCCUGGAGUUCCCGAAGAGCUGCGGGUGCUGGUGAAGUCGGCCACCCACCUGGGUGUCAGUUGGCAACCGCCGUUGCAGGAGAAUGGUGCCCCAGUGACCAGUUACACUCUAAAAAGUGCCACCCAAGAGAGAAGGGAAGAGGAGUCGGAGGAGGAGGUCAAGGAGCCGCCCAGCUCCGAAUUCCACAACUGCUAUCAGGGACCACAAACCUGCGCUGAACUGAGAAACCUUUCGCCCUACACACGCUACCAUUUCCGCAUCCAGGCGAGCAACUCAGCCGGAACGGGAAACUCCUCCGACGUGAUAAGUGUGUGCACGCCAGCCGCAGUUCCAGGAGCUCCUCAAAUGCAGGGCUACGAGUUCACCGCCCAGGAGGUCACACUCAACUGGACGCAGCCGGCUGCCCACGGCUCGCCCAUAUGCUCCUACAACAUUGAGUACGGGGAAAGAACCAUUGCCACUCCGGAUGCCUGUACACGCUAUACUGUUAGUGGCUUAAUGCCGGAAACCGGCUACAAGUUCCGUGUGCAAGCGGUUAACGCCAUUGGUGCCGGAGCUUUUAGUGCCUAUGCUAAGCUGACCACCCAACCAGCUCCUCCGGCACCACCUCGCUUGGAGUGCAGCGGUGCCGGCCACAAUUACAUAAAGCUGAAGUGGGGCGAGAACGGAAAUGGCAAAGUUGUAAACUCCAAUCCGUCUGGAAACGGAGGCGACUUUACCAAGUACUUUGUGGAGAUGUAUGUGGCCAGGGCUAAGCAGUUCCAGGCUGUCUACUCCGGCACCAAUUGCAUGUGCAAGGUGCACAAACUGCAGGAGCGAAGCAGCUACACCUUCCGGAUUUAUGCCCAUACCGAUCGGGCUGGCGAUGGGGAUUACUCGGAGGAAUUCGUUUUCGAGACCUCGGCCACGCUGCCGGCGAACAUAAAGCCUCCUCGUGUUGUCCAAGAGGGUAGCGUUUGUCUAAUGGAGCUACCUGGCCAGUUGGGAAUGCAACUCACCCUGGAGUGGCAGCACUCAAAGAACUCGUUCAACGACCGCGUGGAGUACGAAUUGCAGUAUGCUGUCUUGGGCGCAGCUGAAUUGGAGGGUGAAUCCUUGUCGCCCAAAGGACGCAGCAGCAGCUCCAGUGGCAGUUCAAAUGGAGCUCCAAUUAAUUUGCCCAAUCAUGACUACAGGCAAUUGUACCGCGGCCCAGAGACCAAAUUCACCAUUGACAAUCUGGCAGCUGGCACAUGUUACCAGUUCCGAGUCUGUCCAGUGCGGAUAGCGGCGGGCGGCGAACUCCUUCACGGUCAGCCGUCCAGUCCGUUGCGCUACCAGGUGCCCAGUGAACUGGAUCCUAGCUCGGCGACCUGUCAUCACCACCUGCACGGCUCCACUGCAAUACCGGCGAUGGCCUCCAACCAGAGAAGCAGCCGGAAACUGUCCGCAGGCAAUGGGUCAACCAACGGUCUGCACAUGCGAUCGGUGAGUGCGUCGGCCAUAAGUGGAGCGAGCGGCGUGGGAGCAGAUCCCGUGGCAAUUGGACGACUGCAGCAGGAGAUUUCUGGUUUCAAUGCCUGUGCAGAUCCCCUGCAUCACCAUCAUCAUCAUCACCACCACCACCAUCAGCCGUGCGGUGGCGGCGUUGGAGGAGCCGGUGGAAUCUCCGGGGCAACGGACUCGCAUCACCAGCACCACAUGCAUCAUUCGCAUCACAUGCACCACGCCCACCAUCCGCACACCGGAAUGGGCGGUAGCUCUUCGAAUUCCAGCUCCUCAACGGCAGCGGCCAUAACCUCUAGUUUGGCCCAAACGGGAGGAUUAAGGCGGAUCGUUAGUAAGGUUACUUCACUUUACUCCAACCGAAGGCGUCUUAGCGACCAACAAAAGGCCGUGUGCAUUGUGGUCUCCUUCCUAGUGGGCACUUUCCUGGUCGCCAUGCUGGUCAAUAUGUUGAGGGGCUAAAAGGAUACGACAUUCAAAUAAAUGGCGCCCAACGUGGGAUACCCAGGAUUUGCAGGCGAAACGACAGGAGAAAAGUAAAAAAAAAAACAAACAAAUAUGAAACCCUUUGUCUCAAAGAAGUAAUUUAAACCAUUAGUUGUAAUUAUGUAUUUUUUAUAUAUUUACCGUAACUGAAUGAAACAAAAUCAAAUUGUAUAUUGUCUAAUUUUAAACAAAACAUAACAGGAAAUCAAAAAAAAAAAAAACGAAAAAAAAAACAAUAGAAAGUGGAUCAGAGGAGGAGAGAUGAAUAGGCAAAACCCCAUUAAUUGUAUUAAAUGUACACAAAACCGCAACAGCAUACAUUCACACAGCUAAAUGUUAAAAAUGGUAUUUACUUAUAAUAUUUGUUGUCACAAAACGAAAGUCUAAUCUCCAUAUGUGCUAUAAACAAAAGAGACCAGCCAGCAAAUGAACCUAAAGGCUCACUAGUAAUUGUCAAAACCUGUUUCGAAAUGCUUCACAAGCUUUUACUUUCUGUGUGGCCCCAAAAAGUUGCAUUUGCCCUCCCGGCAGGAUUGUAAAAUUCGUGUAUAAUACGUGUAGAACUAGCAUGUGGGCGUGGCCCCGCCCGCUGUGCAUGAUUUUUUUUACAAGACUUUUUGUAAAAUGUAUUCCAACAAAACGAUUGUAGAUAGCUGGUCAACAAAUUGCACCAUCUAAAAACACUCCUAAGUAGCUAAAAAAUAAUCGAAUGAUAGAAGGGGGCGGGCAUCAAUGAUGCCAGAGGGCAAAUGCAGAACGAAUAAUUAAACGAAAAGUAUGAAUUUAUUAGACUACUAGCUACAAGUAUUCAGUGCUGUAUAAUUGUUUCCCCAAUCGCUCCAAUCUACGCAGAUAUAUAUAUUUAUAUAUAUAUAUACAAAACAUAGAUAUAUGUAAAACAGCAGACGCUUCUUUCAUUCUCACAACCUUUUUAUACGAGUUAUUACACAAUUUAUUAUAUACUUAUUAUACGAUGAGCAAAAAUUGAGAAAACCAAGGCAACCCCAGUUGGGGCUGAUAUAUUCGCUGGCAAUCCAACUAUUGCAUUUCACAACCAACCAACCAACCAACUAAAUAAAUUCAACCCGACACUUUUCGUAGGCUGUCCCAUGUGGCUAUAGCAGCCCCAACUAGGCAAAGUGAUUUAUAUUCCAAUUAUUAUUAUUUUUCUAAUUAAAUAAAUUAAACUAAAUGUAAUUGUUUCUUUCCAUAGCAUUUAAUGUGAAUUAUACAAAACGGAUUCUUAUCUAAAAAAAAAAAAA